AUGUAUAUAGCGGAAUUUACUUUCACUUUCCCUUACCAAUCUCUCGACAAUGAUCAACUCCAGGCCGAGACGGCAACGGUGCCUGUUCGUCAGGCAACUGGCGGGCAGGCAUCGUUGUUUGUCAAAGCUGAGGAAGGAACUGGGCUGUCAUCUCGAAUGGAGAUGGACAGUGUUGUCCCCGGGGAUCCAUCUAAAAUGGAUUCAAAGCAGAAAUCGUCGGCGGACAUUAAACGUCGUUUCGAGGAGCUUAUGAAAGAGGCUCAGGAAGAGGGGGUUGAGCUCCCCAUCAAAAAACAAUGCCUCGACCAGGAGGAUGAAAAGCUGGGCCCCGAGGCCUUGGCCUACAAGAAGAAAGUUCGGGGGGACCUGGAUAGGCAGGUCGAAGCGAUUAAAAAGAAUCGCGCAAUAUACAAGCAGCAUUGCGAUAGGUUGGAGAGUGCGGAGAAGGAGAUCAAGGAGAUGAGACGGGUGAAGAAGGGAAUGAAGACCCAGCUUGAUAAGCAGCAGGAGGAGAUCGAUCAGACCAGAGAGAGAUUGACUGUCACACCUGACGAGUCGGCAAAGUCUGUAGUGGAUUUUGUCGAGAAUGACUUUGAUAUUAGCAAAACGGGGACGUACUGGGCUCCGAGGGGUCCUCGUGAUAUCGGGACUGCAGAGCCCGUACUGGGAAAGAAUCUGGCUACGCCUCUGGAACUGCCUUGGUGA